AUGGAGAUUAGAGAUGACUACAAAUUCCUGAGGAUUCAAGACGCUUUCAAGGCAUUGCAUAUUCACGUUAACCUCAUUGGAAUCAUCGUCGAGUUAGGUUUCCACAAUGGCUCAGAUUGUUCAUGUACGAUGAAAAUCGUCGAUCCAUGGCAUUCUGGAUCUGGUCUUCCGGUUAAAUUCAUCGCUCGUACUAUGCAAGCUCUUCCUCGUGUUGAAUCGAUUGGAGAUAUAAUCUCGAUUUCACGUGUAAAGAUUGUGCUGUUUAACCGGAAAAUCACUGCUCUAUGGAAUGAAACAUCUUCUUCUUCGUUUGCUUUGUUCAGUGGGAUAUAUGAUGAGGAUUGUGUACCGUACCAAUCUUCACCUAAAUUUCAGAUGAGAGAACAAGAUAAGAACUUGUUAUCAAAUCUGAGAGAAUGGAUGUUAACUCACAGUUUCGAAGAUGGGUCAUGCUAUUUCACAUCACUGAAAGAUAUUAAAGAAGGGGAAUGUUCAAACUUAUCUUGCCAGAUUGUUCAUAUUUCGAAGGACGAUAAGGAUAGGUGGUACAUGUUUGUUUGGGAUGGAACUGAGAUGCCACCUUGCAAUAUCGUGGUAAAGUCAGAAAGGUUUCGUUUAUGUGUCGAACCCGAGAUGUUACCUAUUCACGUGUUACGUAAGUUUCCUACUUGUGGUUCCGUUUUGAGGAUCGUAGUAGAGAAAGUUAGUGAAAAGCAGGCCAUUCACUGUCUUCAACCUGGUCAACACGUGAAGUUUCUGAACCUUUUCUUUCAAGUAAAUAUGGGAUUGUGGAGUGCUGCUUUUACUCCCUCUACAAAGAUGCAGUACACAAUGAGCACAGAAAUUCAAGCCUUAAGACCUCAAAGGUUUCUUCUAACACUUUUUCUUAUCAUGUGUCCUUUGCACUCAGGAAUCACAGGAGUUGCUCAUGAGGAUGCUCCGUUUGUUACUCUGAUGGACAUCCUGACCUAUCACAAUGUGACUGCCAAAUUCAAGUGUGUUGUUCGGUUCAUACAAGUAAGAAAAUUCCAUGAUUCCAACGGAAAAUUCAAACUGCUAGCGAUACUCGAAGAUGCAACCGCCAGAAUCUGCGCUUCUCUAUACGCCGAUGAAGGGGAGAAGUUUUUCGGGUGUGACCAAUCUGAUGAAGAAGCGCUGAUCAAGAAACUGAAUAGAUUAUUGGGAGGUGAGGAAAUGGAUCAAGUGCCAAGAAAUCCACCAUGGGUGCAAUGUUGCUUGUUCUCAUUUUACAGAAACAAAAUGGAUCCAUGGGGAAGCAAAAGAUUCCGGAUUUUCGAUACAUGGAUCAAUGAUUCAUAA